CGUCUCGCGUUCGCGUGUCACAUUUGCUUUAUGUGUUUGACAUGAUUAUAUCAUCUGAUAUUACAGUUAUUAGAUUACCGGAUCUUUGAAAUGUCCAGAUUAUUUUGUUGACAUUAUUGAAUGCUCAAUUUAACAUAGCAUGAUAAGUAUUAUGAACAUAUAAUGAGUUGAUAAAGAACAAAUUCAAUUAAUAGUUGAAUACGAUUUCUUAGAUAAGUGUCCUUGAAAUUGAUGAAUAAUGCUGUGGCUAGAAAGUUUUUUUGCAGCAUUAGGAAACUACGUCCGGAAUCCGGAUUGUAAUUCAGAGAAAUCGCUCCGUAAUUCAUCUGAGUACAUGUCUGUUGAUUUUAGAUAAAAGAUAAUUAGUUUCGGUUGCUACUCAAUUUUUAUUCCCAGUGUUUAGAAUACGGUUAUAUUUUGGAAUGGGGAAAGAGAUGAAGAAACAAAAAGUUAAAAGAAAUGAAAAUGAGGGGUUCUCCAAUUUGAUACAAUUCUUCCAAAUUAUAUUUGUAUUAUUAAUUCUUUAUUUAAUAGCCAUAAGUGAAUUAGUUAUAAUGAACGUUCAUGUGUUCUUUUCAAAUAUAGGAUGGAUGCUGAUGAUGGUUCAAGGCUUAUUAGUAUUCCGAGGGAUCAAUCCAAUACUAAGGAAAUUCUUAGGAAAAGACACCGUUUUCAUCCAUUGGGUUAUAGAAACAAUUGCUUUGAUUGGUGCAACCAUGGGAUUCAUUUGUGCGUAUCAAGAUAAAGUGAAUAAAAACAAGGAACAUUUCAUCACAUGGCACGGAAUCUUCGGUCUUACAGGAUUCUCUUUCUCCAUAUUGAGUGGUAUAAACGGCAUUCCUACUUUGUAUAGGAAGGAAUUGAAGAACUAUAUUUCACCAAAAUUGAACAAAUUUGUCCACAUCUUAACUGGCACAAUAGGGUUCUUAUUUGGCGGGCUUUCCUUGAUAAUGGCCUGCUAUACGAAGUGGUUCGCUAUGAGGACCACACACAGUUUAAUUAGUUUUUGUAUAGCAAUAUUUUUAGUAGUCAAUGUCGUAAUUUAUACACUACUCAGACCUUUUAACAAAGUUCAGAGCAAUUGGAAAAAAUUAACAUCCAAAGAAUGAAUACAUUCAAAUUAUUACAAACAAGUAUUAUUUCCACAAGAGACUUGUCGAAAAACAAGUGCAUAAGAAUAAAAGAAAGGAAUUAUGUAAUUUCUUAAAUUCAAGAUUUAUAAAUAUAAAAUAUAAGUGAAAUCAAUGUAAAGCUACUCCGCAAAAUGUAUGUACAUGUCUGACUUUCUCACGUUUGUUUAAUUAACCAAUGAGGAGCUCUAGUCAAAUUCGAGUUAUCGAUAAUCCGACCUUGACUCUUGACUCUGAUUGGCCUGUCAAGUUCGAUGUUUUCAGAUUUGUGUUUGUGACAGUUAAACAUCUAAUAUAAACAAUUCUACCGAA